UGUUAAAUGAAUAAUUUAGUUAAAAAAUCUGACGCUUGAUUCCCAGAAUUAGAUGAAAAUUACAUGAAUGACCUCUCAGUUCUUAGCCCUGAUGAAAGCGGGAACAGAGAUGCUGAAGAAGAGAAUGCUUUAUUGGGUAUGUCUCAAAUGAAUGGGGAUCGUACCCAUGAGUCUACCGAAAUCCAUGAAAGUUCUCAACUCGACACUGACAAUUUAGAAGUAGUAAACAAUUUAGAAAAUCUAAAUAUCGAAGGAACAGAACCUGGCGAAAAUUCAGCUGGGGUGUCUUUACAAAACUCUGACUUUCACGAAGAGAGUAAGAUCUGGAGAGCAACUGAGCGUAAAGGAGAGUUCUCCAAACACUUUUUCAGAGAUGAUAAAGUAACUAAAGCUAGUCUCCGAGGUCUGAACUACAUCUUGAAGAAAUUCUUCAUUUCUGAGAUUAAAAAGACUGGUCAGAAAGAAAGUAAGGAAAUGAUGAAUGAUAGCUAGCUUUUAUACUCUUGGGUGGAAGACUGACUUGAAAGAUAUAGUCAAGACUUUACUCUUUCCCAUCCUGCCAUAAAACUCGCUAAAAUCUUAUUAACCCACAAUGAAGACCUAAAACCCAUAUUCUGGGGCCGUCUUCUCACAAGAAGGGGCUGUAACAUCCCUGACAUAGAAGCCUACAAACAAAAAGUCCAGCUCAAGCUCCAAAUCACCAUCUAAACUCUACCUAAUCCUCUCUCAGCUCCAUUUUCUAAACAAUUUCUUCCAUUUUCUU